UUGUUAUUACAGCUCCACUCAAUGGACAUGAACACGGCGUCCUUCGACUGGUUUGUAGUUAGCAGAUCCAUCGAGGACAUCCACCACAUCAACGGAAUAAUGAAUGCGACUUCUCUACGAUUCGACCAAAAUAUCGUAGCUUCCUUUCCAAAUGCGAAUUAUAGGCCUAAUUUGCGCUCGUUACAAAUUUGUGAUGGCAAUUUUCCAUAUAAAUCGGCAACUAAACCUAUCAAUAGGAGACGUAACUUUUUACCGAGAAAACUAUAUUACAACAACAAUUGCCGACAUCGUUAUGAUCAAAACUGCAACAAGACGGAGUAUGAGAGAAAUUAUUAUCGAACAUCGGAAAGGUUUAGGAAUUUGACCCGAAACCAAACUUACAAGAAACAGAGAGGCGUUUACCCACUGUUCCAAUCAGGAAUUUUAAACUACAAUUUCUCUCGGACAUUUGAUAUGGUGAACAUAAGUAAAUUCUUUGUCACUAGAGAAUUUAACAAGUGGAUCAGAGCGAACAAUGUUAAUCGUGGGAUUAAAGGAAUACACUUGAUCCAGUACUUCAAAGUGAGGACCAAUUCAACUCUGUACGCUUUCUUUUUAGGCGACUGGAACCGUGACCACUCGAUGUCCCGUGUGGAGUCUCCAUACCCCGUAGAGGCGCGUAACUUUCAAGGCGAGGAGUUAGUCGUUGGUCGGUGCAACUCGAGCGGCGACGGCGCGGCGGCCGGCGAUGACGAUGGACCCUCGGCGCCAGCAUUGCUUGACGAUGUUCUGCAUUUCCUUACAUUCAGGAUAAACGCUUCGUGUUCGACGAGAUAUUACAGCAAGCUAGGGUUCCGAAGCUACGAAGGCGCUUGGACGGGCCUCCUCGGCGCGGUGACCGAGCGCUCGGUAGACAUCGCUCUGGAACCGGUCACGGUCCACGCGCCACGCUACCAAGACAUGGACUUCAUCUUCCCUAUUGCCGAGACCAUGUGCAACAUUUACAUCCGGCAUCAGGAAACAUCAACGGUGCGGGACAUCUUCUUGGCUCCGUUCAGUGCGCGUCUCUUAGCCUGUGUGCUGGCGGUGGCGGUGGCGGCUUCGAUUGUCGUCGUACUGAUUAGCAGAGCGACUCUCAACCCGAACGACUCUCGGCCUAUGGAGUAUACUGAGGCCUUUGUGUGGACCACGGGGAUCCUUUGUCAACAAGGCGGAUCAAGGACCCCGCCCGCGCCGGCGGCUAGCGUGCUCCUCAUCGUGUGUCUCCUCUUCGCCGUGGUAACGUACAACGCGUACGCAGCGUUCAUCACGUCCGUGCUGUCCGUGCGCGUCGCCAGCGUGGACACCGUGGCCGCCGUCUUACACUCGCCUAACUUCAAAAUCGGAUAUAUAAAGAAUGGAGCGGACCAGGCGUAUCUCAUGUCGACAAAAGACUCCCAAUUGAAUGCGUUUUACAUCCGGGGGUAUUCGGACGCACAGAAUCUGGUGUCUUCGGCCGAGGAGGGACUCGCGCGCGCCGCGCGGCUCGACUACGCGUUCUUCGCCGGGCAGCGUGCCGCGCGGUCCACACUCAAGUCGUUGAGCCAGGCGCGAGGGCGCUGCGCUCUGCGUGAGCUAGCGGUGCCGUCCACGCGGGCUCACCUCGCGUUCCCGCUGCCUCUUCGCUCGCCCUACGCGCGCCCAACACUCGUCAGUUUGCUGUUGUUGCGGAGCGGCGGAUCAAUGGCGCGGUUGCAGGCGGCACUUGUGCCGGGCAUGCCGCGCUGUACGCCACCACCCGGGUUCGCCUCCGCGCGCGCCGCCGACGUGCGUUCCGCGCUCAUCCUUCUCGUCAUUGGACUCGUCACUGCCCUUUUACUAGGUAUGGGUGAAUACUUUUGGAAAAAUCGCAAACAGUUCCAAAAGUUUACGGCCCGCAGCUUCGGGCUACUAAAUCGGAUCAGAUUUGAUUAGUUUGGUGGUUUAGAAAAUAUAUGUACAUACAUACCUAUUGUAUGCAUAUGUACUCGUAUUAAUUUAAUUAAGUAAUUUGAUUGUUAUUUGUAUUUAAGCUUUCCCUUAUUUAUUUUUUACAUUGUGUUCAUAGUCCAUCUACUGGGCCUUACUGAAAAUCAGCGUCGCGGAGUGUGCCAAGUUGGCUCACACCGUGACACCAAGCUGAGUAAGGACCAUUUAGCGCAACCUCAUUCUGUUUAAUUAUUUCUAGUUUUAGUCUUAUGAUAUGUUGUGCUAAUAAGUGCCUUUUCUUUCUUUCUUUCUAUUGUAUGAAAAUAUAUGUUGGUAUAAGUUAAUAUUUGUAGUCAAUAAAUUGGGAUGUUAGAAUGUCAUGCAAGUGUAGGUACCGCACACAUCCCUAACAUCUCUACUAACUGUAUGUAUAUGAUAUGAAUUUGACGAGGCUAAGAUGGAUCAUUUGUCACCAUACCUGUCACGCUCUAACAAGUACAUAAGUGCGAAAGUGAUGCAUGAUAUGACAAGUGACAAAAACGCGACCAUGAUACCGGUGCUAGAUUUUUUAAGGAUGUGAUCUGUCAGUGUCAAACGUGACGUUUAUGGUUGGUAGGAAGUGGUUCAUAGUUAAGUCAUAAUUAUGAUUUGAAGUAAAAACACUCUUAUAUAGAGCCGGUGCGGAAAGAGACGAGUCAUGGAAUGCAAGGGAGCCCGUACAUUCUACGACUCUUUUUCUUUCCGCACAGACUACAAACAAAUAUACCUACGCGGUGAAACUAAAUAAAAGUUCAUUUGCAAACUGUAGUAUCACUAGACUUAUAUUGACCGGGAUAUAGACCGUGAUUACCUUUUCUAUUAUUUGUGAGCUCCCGAUACUUCGACGCAGUUACAUGCAUCAUGUUCACGGGUGACUGAAGAUAGCGGGUGGGUGUCAAAGUUGUGUAGACAGCGCUCUGUCUACCCUCAUUCUUGCGCAUCGGCUGCGUUCACUUUCAACGGUACCAACGGUCGCAUUCAAAUAUCGGGAGCUCACAAAUAAUACAAAAGGUAAUCACGGUCUAUAUCCCGGUCAAUAUAAGUCUAGUGAAACUAACCGUGAAUCAUUCAAAACUCAAACUGUAGUAUUUUCUCAAAUGUUGUGUCGUGUAUCUAUAUUAAUUGAUACAGCUGUUUGGUGACAUAUAAUUUAUUAAUAAAUUUGUAAAUUAUUUAAAUUACACUUAUUAUUUCUAACCUCUUCUCAAAAAAUGAUCUUCUGGAAGCGUUUGAUGUUUGACGGCGUCUGCGAUGCAAGUCUUCAAAGGGCGCUUGGACUCGGCGGCGGCUUUCAGGGCCUGCUGCAUGGUGGCCUGUUCUAUGGUGUUUAGGUCUGUGACUAGGCCUAGCGCCGCCCACACUCUGAUGAAGGCCGUCGAGCAGCCACAAUC